AUGGAAGGCGGAGUUGGUAUAUCAAGUGGGGAAGACAGGAUAAGCUCAUUACCUGAAGAGUUACUAUGCCUGAUACUUGACUCGCUUACGCUUAAGGAUGUUGUUAGGACAAGUGUUUUGUCUUCUAGAUGGAGAAAUGUUUGGCUACGGGUUUCUAGGUUAGAGUUGAACAUCUCUGACUUCCCAAAUCAGGAUACAUGUGUGAGUUUUCUCGAUAAGUUCCAUAACGGAUCAAACUUGUCUGAAUUCAAGUUAAACGUUGAGACACAUGUCCUUGGCUUUAAGGAAUCUGUGCUUGAGCCGUGUCUUAGUCGAUUUCUUAAGCACAAGAUUCAACGUUUCGAAUUUGUGAAUGGCAUGUAUUUGAUACCAUUAACCCUUUCUGUGUGUGAGGCAUUGAAACUGUUUCCUGGUAGUAUACUGGCAGAGGAAACUACACCUCCGGUUCUGUUACCUUGUUGUAUGAAUUCGUCCCUUGAAUGCGUUGGCAUCAAAUGCUGGAUCACGGAGAGAGCAACUGAACUGAAACUAGUUAGAUACUUUCUGGAAAACUCAUCAACAAUUAAGAAUCUUGCGCUACAUUUGAAACAUGAGUCUGGAGGAAGGAUGAAACACGAGCCUGGUGUCUUGAAACAACUCUUUGAAAUACCAAGACGUUCUAGUUUGUGUCAAUUUGUCAUUCUUGAAACAGCUCUUUGA